UUCACUUACCCUCAGCAGGGAAGUGCAGCAGGUCAGACGGGACCUGAUGGAGAACUAAUUUGGUGUGAGAGCUGAACUCAUCAAAGUCAUGAUUCAGUUGAACUGUUUUAUUCAUCUGAUAGGAUUUUGUUUUUCAUUUUGAUUGUGAAAAUGAGAGAAUGUCAACGUAUCUCCUGGAGGUCGCUUCAACUCGGGAUUCUGUUAAUUUUCUGUGCAAGUCUCAGCCACAGCAGCUCAGGUGCUAUCACCCUCAUCAACCCGCACAAAUCUCCAGUCUCAGUCCACCCUCUGAGGGUUCAGUUCUCCUGCAGUAAGUCAUCGAUGGUCUACCUGCAGGUUCUGGUCACUUUCGACACUGGAACUACCUCUAAAAUCAUUCAGAGACAGUGGGAGUGUUUUCCUGGUGGCCACAGAACUCAUGUUGUUAUGAUGCACCUCCCGGACUGGUUGGUGUAUCGACCUGACUGGAAGAUCCCGAUGUCUGACUGGGUGCUCAGCUGUUUCGUCCGUGUCUGGAUGAGCAGCAGGGAAUCUUCUGAGCCGAGUCGGGAGUCUUUAGCCACUGUUGUGGAAACACUCACCAUCCUCAAUCCUCUGAGUCGAACGUCUAAAGAGCACCUGCUGUGUCCGAGCUGGGAGACGGAGAUGCUCUGGAAGGCUCGCAGAUGGACAUCUGAGUGUCCGGUGGAAAAUGAAGUGGCCACUUUGCUCUCCUCGCUCUUCGGAUCCACUGGGGAGAACUUUGGCAUCACUAAAACCCUCCAGCCGUACACGAGCAGCUUGCUGGAAGGACAGCGCCUCAAAGCCAUUAUGUUUCCAUGGUGUGCCUUCUCUCUUUGGGUGUUCUUAGACCGACAUUGUAAGGAGCACCUGUGUGGGGUUUUACACCACAUCGGCGCCAAGGACAAUUACGCCAGUCCGUCUCUGUUUCUCACACGUACAGGCCACCUCCAUGUGCAGCUGGAAUUAGAGAACGGUUCACCAUCAGCCUUUCUGUCUUCCUUCACGCUUCCUUUGCACCAGUGGUGCUUUCUGAAUCUGGAGCUGACAGGAAGAAUGGGGAAAAUCAUAGCAGUGUGUAUCGAGGGAGAUGAACAGCUGGUUGUCCACAUGACAGAAUACACGUUCAGUUCAACAGUAAAGAUGGAUGAUACAGACGGAUAUUUUGUGGUUGGUGGAGGUAAAUAUUCAAGAGGCAUCGAAGGGUUUUAUGGUCCAGUGACGUAUUACAGAACAAGAACUCCAUCCUUAAACCUGUCUGAGCUCCAGCUUCCUGAGAUGCUUCAGAUGGUGAAUAUAUCUGGAUGGUUUCAAUCCUGUCAGCAAUUUCAGUCUGAACUUGAACACAAAUUAUCUGAGUAUUGGUAUGAAAAGACACAGAGAGAGAAGUGUGUGGAUGUAUAUACAGAGCUGACACUGAAAAACCAUCCAGCAUCCUCAAGGACACGGUGCAGCUCUAAUGAAGCUCUACACAGCCCUCAGACACGACCAGUGGCUCGGCUAGUUCAGGCCAUGGUCAACAAAUAUGACCGUGUGAGUCCAGAAGCCGUCGGUCGAGCUUUGUACGCUGCCGUGCUGCGUAAGAUGGAGACAGAAGAGAGUGUUAAGAUGAUACGCAGGAUGAUGCCUUCUCUACUACAAGCAGGGUGUUUAGGAGACCAGCGAGCGCUCCAUCUGGCUUCUGUGCUCUACAGCAGUGGACUCGGGAUUAAAAAACAACCCUACAAGGCCUGGCUGCUCUCAGUAUUGGGAGCUCAGAAGGACUGGAGGCUGGCUCUUCUCCGGCUGGGGCACCUGCACCGUGUUGGUGAUCAGCGGGUGGAAGCCGACCCUGACCUCUCCUUUGCCUACUAUUCCAACAUUGCCAGGCAAACCUCAGCUGACCGUCUCAAGCCUUCCGCACACCAGAUGUUUGUCGAGCCAAUAUAUUUGAAUGACGAGGAAACCCUGAAGGCCCAAACCAAUGAGGAACACGACAUCUUCCAGUGGCUGAAACUCCAGGCACGCAACGGUGUAGCAGAUGCAGAGCGAACAGUGGCUCGGAUGCUGUUCUGGGGUCAGCAAGGCGUAAAUCCGGAUAUCCAGACGGCUGUGAGACACUAUGAAAGAGGAGCCACAAGAUUGAAAGACCCUGUGUCUAUGUACGACUACGCCAUCGUUCUGCUCAUGGGCCAAGGAGUUCCAAAAGAUGUCCCAAAAGCUGUCACCUUCCUGAAAAAAGCAAUGGAACAGGGUUUCGCUCCAGCCAUCACGGCCUUGGGUUGGUACUAUGAACAGUUUGAGAAGAACUAUGAGCGAGCGGUGGAGCUCUGGGAGCAGGCUGACCAGCUGGAGAAUCCAGAUGCUGCUAUGAAUUUAGGAGUCCUUCACUCUCAAGGCCUUUAUCCUGGACAACCUGCUGACAAAGUUAAAGCGUAUAGGUACUUUCUGAAAUCCGCCCAGCGAGGCCUCAUAAACGGGGGAAUCGAGCUAGCCGAAAUUUGGAGUCGAGGUAUUCCAGGACAUGUACUGCGAAAUCCACCAGAUGCUGUUCUAUGGGUGAAGUGGGCAUCUGAACAGAAUGGAUAUCUUGGUUUGGCUUUGAGGAAUGGCUUGAAUGAGUAUCUGAAGGGGAACUGGUUCAUGGCAUUGGUUCAUUAUCUGAUGUGUGCCGAGUGUGGAUUUCAAGCAGCUCAGUUUAACGUAGCGUUCCUGUGUGAACACAGUCCUCAUGGAUCCUUGAAUCCAGCCUUUGUGACGCAGUGUAUGUUACGAUACUACAAUCUCUCCAUUCAGAGCCAAAAUCCUUCAUCGUAUGCUUUGGUGAAAAUGGGAGACCUGUUCUAUGAGGAGCACACUCUGGGCAAAAGAGACCUUGCAGAUGUAGCUGAGAUGUACAAAAGAGCAGCGCUUAAAAAUGACCCCCAGGGUUGGUACAGUCUGGGGCUGCUUGUUCAGGAAGGUUACAGAAUACCAGCCAUGGUACUCUCUGAACUUAAUCUUCUGCAGCAUUAUUUUUCAGACAAAUACAGCCUUCUCACAAACUUGUACCACAGAUGUCGAGAAUCUAACAGUAAUGAGGCGUACCUCCCUUGUACUCUUGCUCUAUUUACUGCACACUUAGACUCCAUACAAACACAUGGACCUACUGCUGUGAAGCUCCUGAGCGCCGUGGCGGUUGCCAUCGCUACUCUCUCCUUUUUCAAACUCGGCCCUGUGAUCCUCCGACAGAGGUCAGCGUCAGACCAAGAGAGCUCAGGAUCGUCUGAGACGCUAGAACAGGAUGAGACUCCUGCAGACUGAGUGGAGUUCAGCAUUAGAGACAAACCAUAAAGGAAACUGACCAAAGCACAUGAACGAGAAAGAACAAAUUAAGGAAUUGAUUUAGCCAAUGGUUUGAGACUUUAUUGACAAAAGUUUAUGGACACCUGACCAUAAGAUUGAUAUGUGCCUCUUUUUGAACAUUCCAUUCCACAUUAAAUUUCCAUUUGCUGUUAUAAUGAGCUCCACUCUUUUCACUAGAUUUCACUAGAUUUUGAAGUGUGCUUGUGGAGAUUUGUGUGAGAUUCAUUCAGCUACAAAGUCAGGAACUGAUCUACUGUAGGUGAGAAGGAAAGGAUGCCUGGGGUGCAGUCAGCAUUUACAUUCAUCCCAAAGGUGAUUAAUAGGGUUCAGAUCUCUUUAGCAGGAGAUCUUCCACUUCAACCAAUGUAAAGCAUAUCUUCAUAUAGCUAGCUUUGUGCAACGGGUCAUCGUCAUGGUGGGACAGGUUUGAGUUUUCUAGUUCAAUUAAAGGGAAGAUUUCAUGCUACACCACCCAAAGACCUACACAAUUGUGUGCCUCUAUCUUUGUAGUAGCAAUUCAGGGAAGAAACACAUAUGACUAGAAAAGUCAGGUGUCCCAAUGGUUUGUCCGUUAAAAACUUUUAGAGAAAUGUAUAGUCCCUAUUUGAUAAGAAAAGCUAAUUAUAGUGAUACGAUAACGAUAGAUUGGAGGUAAAAAUACCAAUGAGUACAAUUUAAACGGCCAUUUACACAUAUCUUCUCAUCAGUAAACAUGGAGGGAUUUUAUUAGCGAUGUUUGUUGUAAGGGUGUGGAUUUGCAACGUGAAGUUCACAGAGGACUGAAGGGCAUUCGAGCAUAAUGUCUCAGCACACUGAAGAAAAUAUAGAGUCCAUUUGUUGACUGAUAUUUGUAAAGUCUUGUUGUAGCCUCUUUUUUUUUUGCACACCCAUCUUCUUCUUCUUCUUCUUCUUUCUCCAUCUCCAAACUACUCUGGCCUUUACAUCUGCCUCUUUCAAACCAACUACCUGCAUGUCUUUCCUCACCACAUCCAUAAACCUCGUCCUUGGUCUUCCUCUUUUUCUGAUGUGCAGAAAAUGUAUUAUCACUAACUCCACUCCUUAAUCCAGCUUUAAACUGUAACUUGACCAUUUUGGACAAUUUAAGUCGUAAAAAUUAAAACAAAAAUUUGGAAAUUA